AUGUUGCUACGAGUAAUUUCAUCUAUCUAUCUAUCUAUCUAUCUAUCUAUCACAACCUGUUCAUAUCUAUCUAUCUAUCUAUCUAUCUAUCUAUCUAUCUAUCACAGUCUGUUCAUAUCUAUCUAUCUAUCUAUCUAUCUAUCUAUCUAUCUAUCCCAGUCUGUUCAUGUUUAUCACAAUCUCUCCAUAUCUAGUACAACAUUUCUUACAGGAUUAUCUCUCUCUCUCUCUCUAUCUAUCUAUCUAUCUAUCUAUCUAUCUAUCUAUCUAUCUAUCUCAAUCUGUUCAUAUCUAUCUAUCUAUCUAUCUAUCUAUCUAUCUAUCUAUCUGUUUCAGUCUGUUCAUAUCUAUCUAUCUAUCUAUCUAUCUAUCUAUCUAUCUAUCUAUUUCAGUCUGUCCAUAUCUAUCUAUCUAUCUAUCUAUCUAUCUAGCGGAUUAUCUCUCUCUCUCUCUCUCUCUCUCUCUCUCUCUCUCUCUAUCUAUCUAUCUAGCGGUCACCCAUCUCUUUAUCUAUCUAUCUAUCUAUCUAUCUAUCUGUGUCGUUCUUCCAUAUCUAUCUGUCAUUCUUCGAUAUCUAUCUAUCUAUCUAUCUAUCUAUCUAUCUAUCUAUGUCGUUGUUGCAUAUCUAUCUAUCUAUCUAUCUAUCUAUCUAUCUAUCUAUCAACCACUUCACAUCUAUCUAGCCAUCUCUUAACCUCUUCACAUCUAUCUAUCUAUCUAUCUAUCUAUGUCAUUCAUCCAUAUCUAUCUAUCUAUCUAUCUAUCUAUCUAUCUAUCUAUCUAUCAACCACUUCACAUCUAUCUAGCCAUCUCUUAACCUCUUCACUUCUAUCUAUCUAUCUAUCUAUCUAUUUUGUUCAUCCAUAUCUAUCUAUCUAUCUAUCUAUCUAUCUAUCUAUCUAUCUAUCUAUGUAG